GCCGACGGUGAACGGCAUCGAUGCUCGAAGCGGUCGGCCCGUUUUUCUAUAUCCUCUAUUCUGUGAGUUCACACCGAUGUCAGCUUCAACACAGUCGACAUCGUUCAUCUGUCAAAGCAGAACAUCGAGCUGGGCUCGCGGAUAUUGUGGAGCGAACCUCCGGCGGCGGAGGCUGGAGUCGAAUAAGUUCAAUUCAGCAUACGUGUCUUUCGUCGCUGUUGUUGUGAUUUUUGAUGUGGCAUGAGCUCUGACCAGCGUCUCUGGCGCUGAGAGUGCUGCCUCAGUGAACCCUGUCAAGAUUGUCCGUCUCACGCACGAAGAGAUCUGCAGAAUGGCAGAAUUCCUUCUGAAUGUAAUCCAGUUGGAAAUCAUGGCCCGGUCAUGGAUUUCCGAAGAUCAUUUGGGUCUGGAUGCUUCCGCGGCGGUUGUCGGUGACGUUGCUAUCACAGCUCAUCUCUGGGGUAACUCCGAAGGGGUUUUGGCCGGCGUCCCGUUCGCCAACGUGGUCGCCAGGGAGCUCAAUCUCAACAUCACGUGGCUGAGGCAUGAGGGUGAAUGGCUGCAUCCCACGGUGAAAGUUGCUGAAAUUUGUGGCCCGGCUAGACGUGUUCUACUGGCCGAAAGAACAGUGCUGAACACAUUGGCUCGUGCGAGUGGAGUAGCGACCAGAACUCGGGGGCUUCGCGAACAACUAACUUUGCUGAAUUGGCGAGGGAUUCUUGCCGGAACACGGCGAACCACGCCUGGUUUCCGCUUGAUAGAGAAAUACUCUCUUGUCAUCGGUGGUGCGGACACUCAUCGGAAUGACUUGGCGUCGAUGGUUAUGCUGAAUGCGAAUCACAUUCGCACUGCCGGAAACGUCAAAAAGGCAGUAACUAUCGCUCGGAGAGUCGGCGGAUUCACUAAAAAGGUGGAAGUCGAAUGUUUGAGCCUCGAAGAUGCUAUUAAUGCUGCCAGCGCCGGUGCAGAUAUCGUGAUGCUUCAAGACUUCGUAGCCAAGGAGCUCAAUGAAACGACCGCGUAUUUGAAAAAAGAAUUCCCGAGGCUCAUCAUAGAAGCCUCUGGUUACAAUCUCACAAUCGAUAACAUCAAGGAUUUCGCGCUGCCGGCAGUCGACAUCAUAUCUACGGCCCAGCUGACUCAAGGAUAUUCUUCUCUCGAAUUCAAUCUCAAGGUUGAUGAGCCUCAUGCGGACUGCGAUCAUACAAAUGAGCAAUGA